AUGCCACGCCUGUGCUGUGGCCACGAUGGGGAGCGCUGUGUCUUUUCGACAAGGCGCGCCAGGCAGCGGGCGGAGGCAAACAGCCGCGCAGGCGGCUGUCGCCUUUGUGACCUGGAGCUUCUUGAGGGAGCCCUUGGCAAACCGGCCUCGAAGGGGCACUUGCUGCGGCAGCUCCGGGCGCUCCGUGCUCUGGACCAGGACGUUUUCGAUUUGGCUCUGGUUCGCAUUGGUGAAGUGUCCCCGCACGUGGAGGAGAUCGAGCGCCUGGCAGGGGCACCCCAGCUGUCUGUCGAAGAUCAAUGGCGAGCUCGCUUGAAGAAGCGCAAGCGCCUCAGAGCUUCUCCGCCGCGCGAGGAGCGCCGCACUUUUCUCAAAAAGGUGGAGAAAGACCGCACCCGCGUGCGCCUCAAGUUCUUCCCCGAGAAGCACGGUCGAAUCCCGCACUCGGGCCAUCUCUGGCGACAUCGCCUGACGCAGAGUGUCCAGGCACAUGUGCGCGACGCAGCCUCCAAUGACACCGGCCUGCCUGCCGCCCACCUGACCAACAAUGCCGCCAUGGUGGAGAAGUGGUGCAAGUGGGGUUCCUGGACCAUCUGCCCUACCUGCCAUUCCGUGCAGCCUCGGCGUCGGCGGGUCCUCAUCACGCAUUGCGUGACUGCAGAGCCUGCAAAGCCGCCGGUGCUCCGCAAGCUCAAUGCCCGCAUCGUGAAGGCUCUGCGACCCCUGGACGUAGACUGCGGGCCGGUGCAGAGAGCUCCCCAAGGUUACCGCGUACACACCAGCAUGAUUCGUUUCAGCUGGUCUGGCGACUCUGUCACCGACAAGAUCCGGGCGUUGGAGCACGCCGCAGAGAGAGCAAAGGCUCGGGAGGCGUACGACUUCCUCAUGCAGCACGAGGGCUCCGCGUACGGCAAGUUCGUGGAGCGGCACCAGGAAUUCCGCCAACGCCACCCAAACCCGACGGAGCUCGGCUUGGAGUGCGCGCUGUGGCCCGACCUGUACACCGACCUCACCGCUUGUGAAACUUAUGAAAGAGCUACAGACACGCGGCGCCAGCAGCGACAUCCGGACGUGGAUGACGCGGAGUCUGAGGAUUCGUCGCAGAGCGUUGGCGACACAGCGCUGGGGCCCGUCUUGGAUUAUGCUGCAGAUUACGAGCUCCUGCAGUUCGUGUUUGACCUCUCGGUCUGGUCCGACCUCGGUGGCAAGCGGAAUGUGCGCGAGGACGCGCCGAUGCGCAUCCUCCUCAAGGGAUGUCCCUUCGCGCCGUCUUACUGGGCUGUUCGUCACGCAGCUCUUCUCGACCUUCAACGCCAGGGCCUGCGGCCGCUGGUCUUCAAGACCUGGGCACCGUACGAGUGGCGCUGGCCUCAGUUGCGUGUUCGAGUGCUCUGUACGCUUGUAAAAGGCAUUUCACCUGACUUACCCACUCGCCUAGGAGCGCUCCGUAUCAUGGCUGGCUGCUGCACCACAUGCGCCACAUGCACCGGCACCGUCAGCACUUGGCGGGCCCGGAGACGCUCCAUCUUGCCCAUGUGCUGA